GGGCGUUCUAGCAGGGUGGUUAAAGAAGGAGUAGAAGGAGUAGGAGGUGGUUAGUAGUGUACAAACGCACAUACACGAUACGUCGCUACACAUACCAGCCCGUGGUGGUGGUGGAGGAUUUUCCUCGGCCUCGUUCUCUGGCGCGCGCGUUCGAGCAGUUGAUGUCGCGCAUUCGAGCACCUGAGAUUUCUCUCGUUCGGCGUUCAACAUCGCGAGAGAUAGAGAGAGUUUGUUAGUGCGUGCGUGUUCUCUGUGUGUCUCCUCUGUGGUAAAGUGGAUUUUAUUGAAAUUUCACCCAGCAAGCCGUGGGGUGUGUGCGCGCAAACGAAACGGAACAUCACCGCACUCGCGUUUGUGUCUCACUCGCGCACCGGUGCUGGUUGCUAGAUGAAAAAACAAUUAAUGAAAACAAAAUCAAGUGAACAAGUUUAAUUACUGCAGUUGCACUUCCAAAGAAGCAGUUCAGUGUUUAGUGGCAUUUCUCCAGUGAAGUGAGCAAAGCCCACAUAGCAGAGCACUCUUCCACACUCGGUGGAAAAUGUAUUGAAAAGGGCGUUGUGUGUACGUGCAACGUGGGCCCUGUGUGUUGGUGCGUGCAGGUGCAAGUGUUCUUGGCCACCCCACAAAGGAAAUACCCAAGGAUUAGCAGCAGUAAACGGAUUACAAAACCCCAGACAACAAACCGGUACGCGUACGGGCGUGCGGAGGGGCAAAUGACAAGCGCCGCCACAGCCACAGCCAUGCUAGGUGGUGCUGGUGGUGGUGGUGAUGGUGGCAAGGGGGCGGCAAUGACGCCCGGUCGGGAUACUGCACCCCCGCCACCCGCCACCCUCAAGGACUCUCGACUGUCGGCAACGUCGGUAGCGGACGGAAGCGUGGGUCGGCGGAGCACCCAAUCCCAAUCACCUCCGGCCUCCUCUACCACGGCCACUGCGGCCGCCUCACCGUCGCUACCGCUGGCGGGCAUGAUGACGAUGGCCGGCCUGAUGAUGAUGCCGGGGGACGCGGAGCGCAUCCGAAUGCGCUCGAAUGCAAGCAAUCGGCGACGCGUCAAGGACUUCAACGACAGCAUAACUUGCACCCUCUGCAAUGGAUACCUGAUCGAGGCAACCACCAUCAACGACUGUCUGCACGCAUUUUGCCGAUCGUGCAUCGUGCAAUACCUCGGCUCGCACAAAUACUGUCCCAGAUGCAAGUCCUACAACAGCAAACCAGUUACGGUCACCAGCCUCAGGCCUGACCGUACACUGCGGGCUCUCGUUUACAAGCUAGUGCCAGGGCUGCACAAAUCGGAAAUCCAAAGAAUGGUCCAGUUCUACAACGAAAGGCAACCUGGCUCCGGUAGUCUGGCGGGGGCCAACGACGACAGCGUCGACCAUCUACAGGCGCUACUGGAAGACCAGAACUUCUAUUCGCCCGACGAACCGAUCAGCCUUUCGCUGGAAUACCACUACGAUACGCUGGCGGAUUGUGGUGUGGUGUCAGAGUUAGAGGAGAAGAAGGUUCCCAUCACCUAUCUGCAGUGUCCGGCCGCGGUGACCGUCCAUCAUCUGUACAAGUUCAUUCUCACCAAGAAUGGGCUGCUGGUCGGAUCGGACAACAUUCGCGUCGAGAUCAUCUACGAGGACGAAAUCCUGCCGCACGAUUUCACGCUGAUGGAUGUGGCCUACUGCUUCGACUACAAGCGGGUACUGCCGAUGCGCUUCUUCUAUCGCAUUUUCAUCCAUCCGACCACGAAACCGGCCCAAUCGGCCAUUGGCAGUCAGCAGCAGUGGGUUGAGGAGCAGGAUAAAAAUAGCAGCAGAAGCGGCGCGGGCAGCGGCAGCGGAACUACGGCAGCAGCAGCAGCAGCAGCAACUGCUGCCAACACCCCAAGCACUGCCAACGCCACGACACGCAACAACGGCCAGCGCGGUGGCAACAACCCGAAGGAAACGGGUGGCCAUGGACCGGGAAAGGCGGGUACGAUGGCGGCAACUUCGGCGACGAGCACGAUGGAUCGUCCUCGGGAGGAGAUCGCUAAUAAUAGCUCACCUGCUGGUGGCAACAAGGAGAACACGGUCAGUAAUGGCGUUAAUGGUCAUCAUAAGGUCACCACUGCGGCUACUGCAAGUGCUGCCGACAGUACCAGUAGCACUGUCGUCACUGGCAUCAACCGAGCGACUCCUUCGAACCAGAGGAAACCUACCUCACCGGUUACCGGAGCUGGCCGGAAGCUGUCCCCGGAAGUGGAAAAGAAGACGGCCAUCAAGUCAAACGGAGUAGGAGUGAACGGAACCGGUGGUUUGAAGAUGGUGCUGGUGUCAAAACCGAAAAGUCCAGUUCUGCCAAAGGCCGAACAGGAAAAGAACAGUUCACUGAAGGUACUACAACCAUCGACGACCUCAGAAACAGCGGCGAAACUACCAGCUAGCUACUCGAAAGCUUCCCAACAAACCACGGGAGCAUCGUCGGCCAAAUCAGCACCGAAAGCCAAAAGCCCGGAUGCACAGCGAGCAAAAGGUGGUGACGAUCCGGCACCGAGUCAACUUAAAUGCUACGUCAAUCUGAAGAAGCAAACAGUCGUCGGAAGCACCACCAUUGCUGCCAGUCAGAGCCAGACGAAGGAGAUUCCCAGAUUGAAGAUUGAACUUCCUCGACUUAAGUCAAAGGGAAAUGGUGGCAGUCCCUCGAGCAGCAGCAGCUCAUCGGCCGCAACAUCUCCUUCCUCAUCGGCCGCAUCCUCCUCGACCGGCAAGAGCCCAGUGUGGCCAAUGGCCAAAGAAGAGUACGCCAAAACGAUCGGCCUCAAGCCAGUUUAUGCCGCCGUUCCGGCACCGAUCGAAGAGGCAUCGUCGAAGCGUCGCAAAGAGCGAGAUGAACCGGAAGAGGUAAUCGAUGCAUUGUCGUCGUCGUCGUCCCACCGGAAGCGCAAGAAGGGCAAACACUCGAAGGAGGCCGGAAAGCGGCGCAAGCUGCACGCCGAAAUCUCCUCGCAGCAGGACACCAGCCUCAAGAUGAAGGUGAAGCUGACGGAGAAACCGCCGAAGCACGAGCGACUGAGAUCGACGGGAAAUGAAGAGGACUCUCCGCCGGCCAUUAACACCACUACCAGCACAGGCAACAGCAGCAGCGUUUCAGCGCAAGUCACUGCUGCACCCUCGAAGCCAAAGACUCCUCCAACGCCACCGAUGGUGAGCGUUCCGGUGCCAGCACCCACUGUACCGGAAGUUGCGAAAGUGAUUGACAUCACCAAGGACGACGAUGAUGUGAAGUUUGUGCAUGAGCAGCCACCGAAACCCACCGGUGGCACAGCCACAACCGGUGGUGGUAUUUCCGCGAAGGACAAACUCAGUGAAAUGCGCGCGAUACGCCACAAACCGAUGGUCUACAUUCCGAAUCUGGAUCGUAGCCUCUCGGCCGACAGUGCCAGUGGUACGGCUUUCAAUUCACUGAUCGAGAGCGUACAGGCGAAGGUCACAGGCAAUCGGGCGCUAGUGGCACCAGCAACGACCCAGCAACAAGUGUCCUCGACAUCGACCACUGUUUCGGCUCCGUCGAGCAUCGCCAGUGUACCGUUGGUGAAACCAACUCCAGCCCUGAUAGCAGCUGCUGGACUACCGACAUCCGCCGGUGCGGCAUCGUCGCUGGUUGGUAAGUCACAACCACGUACACCGAUCCUUUCACCCCGGACCAUGCAAUCCUAUCCUCCGCUCGCUUAUCCGCUGUCCAACACAACGACGGCGGCCAAUACACCAGUGUCCUUGGCUGGUACCCCUGCCAGUAUCCGGACCAUGGCUGCACCGAUGAAGCGAUCGAUUAGCAACGAUGCUUCGAACGGAAGGGGUGGAUCACCACCCCAACCUAAGCUGGCACGUAUGGAGCCACCAUCGCUGGUUUCGCCACUCGUUGGACAAAGCGCCAAAAAGUCCACCCCAAUUCAGGCGCCAAUGUUCAACUUCGCCAAGGGUGCCAAUCGGGCUAAAGCGGCCCAACAAGCAGCUGGAUUGAUGAUCCAACAACAGCAGCAGCAGCAGCAGCAACAGUUGCCGAUCGAGCCACCACCAUACCGAUCACCGAUCAGCUCGAGCUACACCAAGGAGAUCGGCUCAAAGAAACCGAUUCCCAAUCUGCUGAUACCCCCCUCCUCGAUCAGCGUCACGAAGAUGUCGGACCUGGGUGCGUCCCAUGCAUCCGCCAUGGUUGACUGUCGGCCACCGGUCGAGAUUCUACGAAUUCCGCCCACGGCGCCCGUUGCUGAUAAGCCAACGCUAUCACCCUUCACCACACCACCACCGGUCACACCACCGGCGAAGUCAUCGAGCGGCACGACACCAAAGACCACCCGUCCACCGCCGGCCACCAUUCCGCUGAUAAAGAUCAAGAAGCCCACGACAACAACUACUGCUGCUGGUGGUGAAUCGGUGACGAGCGGUACACUCCCUGGAAUGACUCCCCUGACACCGGGAAUGCUCCAGAAACUGGCUGCCGUUCGUCCACAACCAACGGAAUCUUCAAAACCAGCUGCAUCCAGUGGUGCUGGCGGUACCGGGAACGUUCUUGACCUCUCCGGUAUACGGCAGCACAUUUCCGACGAGGUUAUCAUUCUCGAUCAUAGUCCAGUGAAGGCUGGCGGUUCGAUCGAUACGAUCGGCACGAAAACGAUGAUGCGCCCAGACGGUAACCGAAAUCGGAAGUUUACCUCGGAUGUGAUGGGAUUCUCGGUUCCCAGCACGACACCGUUGUCGACGGGCAAAACGUUGGCACCGUUGCCGAAGCUGACGGAGAUUAACCGCAACCGGAACCUGGCCGUACGGCAACCGAACGCUUCGAUACGCAACAUUCCCAAUCCAUCGGCGCUCGCCUUUCGUGGGGCACAAUCCGGGACGUCCAUGACGUCCGGUGGUGGUGCUGGGAGCGGUGCUGGAGGUGCGGUAUCCACUACCUCGUCCGCAUCGGCUCCUCGACCGACGAACGGUAGCGCAUCCGCUGCCACGGUAACCGCUGCUCAUGCGCACAGCAACGGAAACAGUCUGAACGGUCACUCGAAGUCAGCGAAUGGUGGUGGUGGUGGUGGUGUUACUGCUACUGCUGGAAGCCCGGCCAGUGUUUCGACUACCAGAUCUCCUUCACUGAACGGAAGCCACAACAAUAACAACAGCAAACAUGCCAACGCCAACACUACGCCAGCCAGCCAGACAGCAGCUACUACCAACGGUGCCACUGGCGGUGCUACUGGUGGCGCUGGCAUGAAGAAAACCAUCGAAACGGUUGCAGCCGUCCUGAAGGCAGCAGCAGCUACGGCCGAUAGUGCCACUACUACCGCUGGUGCUCGUAGUCCAACCGUGACAACCAGCACCACAACAACCGUACAGAAUGGCAGCAACGUGGCGACUACCGCGUCGGAACCGAUGCGAAAACCACUUGCUGGCAACACUGUUACCUCGAGCACUACCGCACCGGUUACUACGAAUGGUGGCAACGUCGUGAGGACAAGCAGUGUCACCAGCGCUACCAGUGCCAGUGUGACGAGCUCCGUCAGCUCCACGAACACGCCCAAUACGGCAAGUAUCAUAAACGUGGGUUAACGUGGGAUUAUCCUGAAGGAUUUAAGGGGACAGAGGAAGACACGGGACAUGGAUGCUGUCCGAAUUUAUGUAUUUUAAUGUCUUAUCCCAGCACAUUCUAUACCAUAGUUAGUUUGCUCGCGUAAUACUAUUUCUUCUUAGUAAGCAAUCCAACAACUUCAUUCAAUGAUCUUUUCGCUAAAAUCAUAAACUCCUCAAUACUGGUGCAGUAUGACACAAGAUAUGCAACCACAAUAAUCUCACUGCAUGCAAGAAAGGCUAUGUGUUUAGAUGUUAGGAAGUCCGGCAGGAUAAGUUAUUUAUUUCCAAUCAACCAGUGAAUGUGCAUAACUGGAAAGCAAGCGAGUUGCAGUGAGAUUCAUUAAAAAUGAUUCCAUAAUCGCUACAAAUCUGCAGAAUGGAAGGCGCAGAACCUUCUGUCGAGCUUGCUGCCAGUGAGUAGAACUCGCGUAGAACGCACGGCAAGAUCGUGAAGAAAGCAAACAAAUUGCAAACACAUGAAACAAUAUGAAGGUAGUAGCGCACUGUGUACGUCCACAAGUAGGACAUUUAUUUUUAUGCUUUCUGUUUUCCUUUGAACUCGGUCCACGCUCUGGCGUCUGCUCCAGGGCUGCUGGUGGCGCAGUUGUACGUUGCAAAAACAGUGCACCAGUUCACUUGCGGUUUGGUUGAUGUUAUUGGAUACUCUUUUUCAAUUCGUAACUUCUCAAAAUAGCAAAGAAAGAGUACCGGUACACUGUGUGUUCGCUUUGAGCAUCUGUAUCAGCUCUGCAACUGAAUAAACACAGAUAAACAUCUGGUUCGCUUCUAUCGAGAUAUGAAUUGAGGACGUUAGGCAGCAAAAUAGAUGAAUGUUUGUAGAUUGCCACUUGAGCAAUACAACGGGAACAGAUUGUGGUGAAAUUUCCACUGCUAAUGUUUAAACAAACAAACCGGCAAAUCAAAACGUUUACACUCGCUAACGGAUCACUGAUAACGCGGACAAAGAAAUGAGGGAUUACGAACAGGCAAACGCGCUGGGCAUCGGCAGAAUGUCAUUUAUGAAAUUAAUAUAUUUAAAAAUGAUUUCGGUACCGCGCACAUUAGCCUCGCCGCAGCAUCACCAGCGGGGGUAGGCACAUGCGGGACCACCUUGGGACCCACCCGAUGUGGACACCGCCAUGGGAGCGAUGCUCGCUGAGAAAGGAAUGAGAAACGAAGAUCGAUUGAUAAUUGAAGUAAAUCGAAAAAUUAUUGACUCCUCACGGGGCUCUCCGGAUCCGGGGGAUCCGUUCGAUCGUGUCUGGAGCUCGCUCGAAAUCGCUUUUUUAUUUAUUCAUCAAUUGGAUAUUAAUGCUCCGAGAGGGUUUCCCAUGAUGCUGUGAACGCUCCACGAUGCUGAUGAUGAGUUAACUCUCCGUUUCAGUCACAUAAACAUCGUUUCAUAUUGUUUCUUUGUUUUGUAGCAUAAGUUUGUGAGUUGAUUUGUUGUUUAGGAACCGAUCUUUGAACGAUAAAUGGUAGAUCAGGCCUCAGGUGCGUCAGUUGUAAAUAGUUUUCCAUUCCUUAGAAUUGUUUUCGCUCCUAGACAAGUUUGUAAAAAAGUAAGUAAUGUUCACGUUCUCAAGUGUCCAACAACUGCAAUCUUAGUGUAAGUUUAGCAGCCGGCGCAAUGAAUUGAAUUCGUUGUGCUUCACUCUUCUACAAUUUCUGCGUUUAGAAGCUAAAUGUAAACAUAAUUAUUGGAACGUUCAUCCAUUUAUCCUAUAGGUGGUGAUAGGUGUACAAUCUCUAGAUGGAUUUUCAGCAACAAAGCUACUGAGGCUAGACACACGUCAAAAGUGAGCAUAAUUUUGGUCCGCUGCGGAGGCACAGACCGCCGUCAGGGGUCGAAUAUGAUUCAUUCAAUCUAGUAUAACCAAUUAUGAUAUUCUCUCAGGGUGAGCAACAGGAAAUAAAGAAACAUUAGUGGCCAGCAUCCACAGUAGACGGACAUAUGCGUAUAUACAUACAACGGUACCCAUACUCACGUAGCCAUUAGGUGGAAUGUAGAGCAAAUUGGAUAAUAGAUGUAAAAUAGCAAGCAUGCCAGCAAGCAAGCAAGCAAGUAGGAGGUUGGUAGUCGUCGCGGUCGAAGCGCUACGAAUUGUUCCGCAGACGCUCGUACCAUUGACAAAUGGGAAUGUUGAGGGCCAACUGAAGGAGCCACGCAACAGAUAAGACAAAUAAGGGACGGAUGGGUGGGCUGGGCUGGGCUGGCAGAAUAGAAAAGAGAAAACUUUGCUUCGCCAAAGGGACAGUAAAUAGACCAUGCAAACAACGUGUUGGAAGGUACAAAUGGCCCACCCACGGGAUGGCACGUACAUAAAUAGCCAUCCCACCUUGAGCUACCCAACCGAACACACAAACUCACUUACCCAACCAACUGGCCAGCCAGACGGACCCAUGUGUAAUAUGUUUGUAAUCCCGUGGCCACACCGUGCGGCCCGUCAGCGAAACGCGUAUAUGAAUAAUAAACGUCAAAAAAGGGAAAAUAA